AUGCUGUGUUGCAAGACAUCAGCGCUGGUGAUGCUUGUCAUGACGUCAUCACUUCAUCUCUCCGCUUCCGAGAUGAAUCAGAACGCCAGUAUCGAAGAAAGAAUCCCGCAGCUUCUCUCACCCCUUGGGCAGACCUUCGCCAAUCGAAGUGGGUCUCAGACAUCAGCGACAAGUCGGAUUCAUUUGUCGGCAACUGUGUACCCGGGAAAGGGGAACGUCUUGUUUCUACGGCAAGAGCUAAGCAUUGCGUUCCAGUGCCAGUUUGACCUUCGAUGGUUCCCAUUCGACAACCAAAGAUGUUCUAUCAACUUGAGGUUUGCUGCCAUGGAGUCCAAACUGCUCAGAAUGCUGGGAACAAAGGCCAAGUAUCUUGGACAAAAGAAACUCCACGAGUACAAGGUUGAAUUUAUAGAUAUGACAGAAGAAAAGCAAGAAAAUGGACAAAGGGUCACCCUGCGCCUGACGAAUUUGUUCGUCUAUUAUCUGGUCAACUCUUACUUACCAAGUUUCCUCCUGGUCAUCAUCAGUUACUCCACCUUCUACUUUCCUCUCGAAGGCUUUAAUGAGCGCAUCAUGGCCAACAUAACGGCCAUGUUGGUGUUAGUCGCCCUCUUCCAGCAGCCCUGCAGCACUAUCCUCAAGACAACAUACCUGAAACUGAUCGACGUCUGGUACAUGAUCUGCAUCGUCGUCGACUUCAUCAUGGUCAUUUUACUCGUCAUAAUCGACUACAUUCGGAACAUCGGCGACGGCGUUACCAAAAUCUUUCCGGCUUCGGCAGGCGUGAAGCCCCUCUUCGCUGUGGAAAAUAGGCCUAAUGCGCGGAAGUUGAACACGAUCGCCAAAGUGAUGCUGCCUCUCCUGUUCCUGCUUCUCUUUGGGGUUUACGGAUUCAUCUCGGCCGUUCAGUAUUCCACCGGAUGA